GUCGUUGAGAGUGUGCUUACUUCGAGACCACAACACCUCAAAGUCGGCAUCAUGGUGCUUCGCAAAGGUGCUCGACCUAGUGUCGCCGGUACCCCACAUCGUGACGAAAUGACCGCGGAUUUAAGAGAUAUCUCCACGAUAGCUUGGCUUUAACCCCGACAGCUUCGAAGGCUAAAUAAACUCACCCGCCCUGCUCUGAUAAAGCUCCGCGAAGCUCCCUCUCUUCUUUCUGUUACGACAGUACUCACCAUCAACUUUGAACUCCGAAGAAAGCACACAGCGACGACAAUGGCUGAACAAAAGAUGCAAUACGUCAACCUGGGUAAAUCCGGCCUGAAGGUCUCCAAGGUCAUCUUGGGCGCCAUGAGCUUCGGUAGCGAUAAGUGGCAGCCUUGGGUCUUGAACGAGGACGCCGCUCUGCCUAUUCUCGAGCACGCAUACAAGAACGGUAUCAACACAUGGGAUACAGCUGACAUCUACUCUCACGGCAUCUCCGAGAAGAUCAUCGCCAAAGCCAUCAAGCAAUACAACAUCCCACGCAACAAGCUCGUUCUCCUCUCGAAAUGCUACUUCGGUGUCAACGAAGAAGAUCCAUCCCUCAGUAUCGCAGCAGUCUCCAUCAACGAUGGCGAGACGGUGAACCAGGUUGGGUUGAGCCGCAAGCACAUCUUCGACGCUGUUGAGAAGAGCGUUGAGCGCCUCGGCACAUAUAUCGAUGUCCUACAGAUUCACCGUUUGGAUCGUGGCACACCGAGGGAAGAGAUUAUGAAGGCGCUGAAUGAUGUUGUUGAGAAGGGUUGGGUGAGGUACAUUGGUGCCAGCUCCAUGGCAGCAUGGGAGUUUCAGACACUGCAGAACAUUGCUGAGAAGAAUGGGUGGCACAAGUUUAUCAGUAUGCAGAACUACUACAACCUCAUCUAUCGCGAGGAAGAGCGGGAGAUGAUCCCAUACUGUCAAGACACCGGCGUCGGCCUAAUCCCCUGGUCCCCCAUCGCCCGCGGUGCCCUCACGCGUCCCUGGUCCAACCGCUCCUCGUCGCGUGCGCAAACCGACAGGUUCCUCGAGAGCCUCGUGCACGGGCGCGAAGAUAAGAUCGACCAAGAGAUUAUCAGCCGCGUCGAGGACGUUGCGAAAAAGAACAACGUCAGCAUGGCGUGUAUUGCGACAGCUUGGUGCAUCAAGAAGGGCGUUUGCCCGAUUAUUGGGCUGAGUAGUAAGGAGAGGGUGGAGGAGACAGUAAGGAAUUCGAAUUACCAGUUGAGUGAUGAGGAUACAAAGUAUUUGGAAGAGAGGUAUGCGCCGAAGGAGAGGCAGGGAUUCUAGGUUUGUGAAGAUGCUGGGCGGAGGCAUUGGUGGUCUGUCAGAGUGUUGACUGCUGUCUUGCAACCGCAGAUCAAGGAGAAUAGCACGAACGAAGAUUCAUGCAAUUGCACAC